CUAGUUAUCCCCUUAUAUGUCAAUUAUGGACAUGUCUUCGGUAACCAAUAAUACAAAUAACAAAAUAAACAGCCUCUUUCAACGAUUGCAAUUAGAAAAACUUAACGUGAACCAUGUGGACGCGGCAGGGAGGAGCCCUCAACAUCAAAACCCGCCCGCCCGACCUAGCAACCUGGGCAAUUUCAACAUACCGAGGACACCACCCCAAAUGAAACGCCCCAACGAUCUUAAUAUUCGCCAGAAACAACCCGACACCUCCGACAUUGACCGGAGGUUUAAGGAAAUCAUGCAAAGCAGCGGUAAGUUAAAAAUUAACAACGUCGUUUAUGAUACGGAUAUUAAGGAGAUGGAGUAUCUCGAGGAUUUGGGAAGUGGAACCUGUGGGCAUGUUGUUAAAAUGAGGCAUAAACCAAGCGGUGAAAUCAUCGCUGUUAAGCAAAUGCGUAGGUCUGUAAAUACAGAAGAAAAUAAAAGGAUUGUGAUGGACAUAGAAGUUGUUAUAAAAUCUUACGAUUGCAAUUAUAUCGUGCAAUGUUUAGGUUGUUUUAUAACCGAUAGCGAAGUUUGGAUUUGCAUGGAAUUGAUGUCGACGUGUUUCGAUAAAUUAUUAAAAAGAUUGCAAACGCCUAUUCCUGAAACCGUUUUGGGAAAAGUUGUUGUUGCGACUGUAAAUGCCUUAGCGUAUUUAAAAGAUAAACACGGGGUUAUCCAUCGAGACGUAAAACCCUCAAAUAUUUUAGUUGACGAACGAGAAAAUGUUAAAUUAUGUGAUUUUGGAAUUAGCGGUCGAUUAGUUGAUUCUAGGGCAAAAACACGUAGUGCUGGAUGUGCAGCAUAUAUGGCGCCUGAACGAAUAGAUUUACAUAACCCGGAUUACGAUAUACGAGCUGAUGUUUGGUCUUUGGGGAUAACGUUGAUUGAAUUAGCAACGGGAGUGCUGCCUUAUCAAGACUGUAAAAACGAUUUUGAGGUACUCAGUAGAGUGAUAGUGAACGAUCCCCCCUCGUUACCCACCGACAAAUAUUUUAGUCCGAUGUUUCGCGAUUUCGUUUCAUCGUGUUUAAUAAAAGACAAAGAAAAUAGGCCAAAGUACGCUCAAUUAAAAGCCCAUUCGUUUAUAAAAAAAUAUGAGCGUGAUCAAUCCACGAAUAAUUGGUUUAAAGAUGCGAUUAAGCAAGCGGAAACGAUUGCGACCGCUAAUAAAUCAACUCCGAGGCAUACCCCUGAGUUAUCGAGUCAAAAAAGGGGGGUACAAGUUUUGGGGAAUAAACCUUACCAACAACUUUCACCACCUCCGCUAAAUCAAUCGAUAGCAAACGGAGGUGGUAGUUUACCUCCGGAUGGAAGAGCCGGACAUAUUUCUCGUUUAUCAACAUUCCAAAGCCAAAGUUCUUGUUCUCCGAAUGGGCAUAGAAGUUUUUCGCCGAUGUCUUACACUAAAUCGCAUCAAGAAUCGCGAUUUUUACCAAGUCCCGGAACUAGUCCUAUUUUACAAAGAAAACCUGACGGUGGGAGAUUAGCUUCUUCGCCGUUUUUCCAAAGGAAAAACGUAGAAAGGAGCCCGAUUGGGUCACCGCUUCCACUUCGAUCACAAAGUAGUGGCGAUGAUUAUCAUCAACACGCCGGAGGGGUAGUUUAUAGUGAAAAUAAUAGCCCCAUUGUGUUACAAAGGUUUUAUCACCAACAAAAGCAGCAACAACAAGCUAAAGAAGAAGAAAACGGCGGUGGUGGUAAAAAACGAUUCGGAUCUUACAUGAAAUUACAUUUAAGUAACGAUCGUACUGGAAGAAAUUCACGGCAUCAAAGCCCCGAACCACCCCCUAGAUUAAAUAGAACGAUUAGUGGUGAUCAAAGUCCUUUGGCAUUAAGGAGAAAUUAUUCUGAAACUUCAGCAUCUCCUAAUUUAUCAAGACGAUAUAUCUCGCCGACACCGCCUGUACCACCUCCGAGACGUUUAUCAGAAAGCACAUCGGUACCAGGAUCCCCACAACAUCUUAGGGCGAGAAUACAUUACACACCGGAGCCCCAAAGGCGUCCAUAUCCCCAUGACGUCUCAUAACGUUUUGAGAUGCGGUCAAAGAGUCAAAACGGCAAGCUAAUCGGAUCGAACCGACUUAAAAAAAAAUAAAUAAUUAACUAAAUAAAAAUAAGUAUAAAAUGGCUGUUGCGCUUUUAAACUAUUUAAUAAGUUUCUACUUUUUUCUUUUUUAUAAUAAUUCGAUAUAAAUGAAAGAAAAAAAAUUCGGUUUGCUUGCUGCAAUUUGUGUUCGAUAUAAAAAAGAAGAAAAAAAGAGAUCGGUUCGUCAAAAACUACCCUAACUAGUCCUUGUUUCCGUCGAAACUUUUUUUUUUGUUUUUUAAUUAUUUUUAUGGUUUAUAAAUAUUUUUUUAAUUAAAAAGUGAGUAC